UUUCUUUGCCCAAGUUAGAAACAGCUUUUGCUUCAGUUGCAACAGGUGUAUUGAGUGUGUGUGUGUAUACAAAUUCAUUGUGUGUAAAAAAUUAAAAACAAUAUGUGACCUGUCGAAAUAUAAAUAUUUUUAAGGAGGGCAGUAUUCACAUUUUUGCUAGACAUUAUGAGUGCGUUUUAAAAAAGUUAUUGUGCUUCCAAAAUCAAUAUUAACAAAUUAGGGUUAGAGGUUAAUUGAGGAGAAUGCCGCUGAGUGCAGUUUGUGUUAGUACCCUGAGCAGCCGACCUCGAUUCUGGUCGUCCCAUUCAAAUAUUCGUGCUAAAGAUGUGCAACAACUCACUACCAUGAAUAGUGCUGAAGAACUAUCAAAAUACAAGGAGAACAUUGACAGUUACUAUUCUCCAACUUUAUCAAGACGUUUGUUAGGAUAUGGAUAUGAUUUUCCCGAGAAAUCACCCAAGAAAGAGAAGAAAUGGUCUCUUGGAAGUUUAUUUCGAAGAAAAAAGAAAGACGAAAGUGAUAGUAGCAGUGAUGACGAAUUGCAGAAGAGAGGUUUUUUAGGGCGAAAAAAACGAAAACCUGAGAAGAAAAAGAAGACUACUAAAUCUGUCGGAACUUUCGACCACGUCGUACUUUCUCGUAAUUCGCACCUGUAUUCAAAUGGGUUUAAUAGCUACGAUGAACACAGCAUUUUUUCGGACCCGAUCAGUGGGUUUGGAUAUAGUAGUAAAUCGUUACCAAAGACCCAUUCGCAAGAAAUUGUAAAACAGCCAGUUAAAAAUGUAACUGUUGAAGAGGUCAGUAAUUCAAGAAGUACUUCAAUCUCAGGAUCAACGGAAGUUGGAAGUCGAAGAAACCGGAAAGGGUUAGCAAAAGUGAGGGCGGAAGCGAGGAGGGUCAACUUGAAGCGAGAUAGCAGUUCUGACGAGGAUUCUCAAAGGUCUGCCUCUUCCACUAGAUUUAGAAGUGAUGACAGUUUGGGGCAAACCUUCAAAGAUGGUUCUUUACCUCGUCGAUCGCGUGCGGCAAGGACGGAACGCUAUUUAAAACGUCAUUCACGAGAUGGUGAGAAUCCAAAAGACUUUUUAAGACUGUCAAAAUCGGAUGCGGAAAAUUCCGUACCACAGUGGAAAACGUCCGAUGAUAGUAACAGAUCUUUAAGUAGAAGUCCUUUACUUCCACCUUCAAUGAACAAAACUAAAACGAUGUCCUCUAGCUUGUUGCAGUCAUCGAAUAUUUCGGGAUUAUCAACUAUACCUCCUAGUCAUAACAAUAAUCGAAUCAAAGUUAGCAAUUCAACGAGUAACCCGUCGUACAAGCCACCUUUGUCGAUGAACGACUAUAAUUGCAGUACUCGUAAACUUUCAAUUGAUUAUCUUUCGAAUCAACGUAGUUUAUCUUGUGAUGCCAAUAUACAUAAAUCUCUACCUGUGGAAGCCGAAUCGGAAAUAAUUCAUGUUCAGUUUCCUAUAGGGAAACCCAAUAAUAGGUUACGGAAUCUGAGUUUAAUUGAGUCUCGACAUGUAAAUGCUUGUCAUGCACGACAACCACCACCUCCACCUCCUCGUGAUCCUAGAAGACUAGUCACGGCUCAAUAUUACGAAAAUGUGAGGCCCACUACGUGUUAUUUAGAUAGUCCUAUGAAAUCGAAAUCGUUCCACGUGAAUUCUCAAGCUCCUGCAGUGCAAACCAAAAAAUUUAGUUCAUUUAAUAAGAAUUGUAGAUCGACUUCGGAAGAUCAUAUACCACAAAACAACAUUCAAUUAAUACCAAGACCGUCAUCGGCAACCCCUGAUGUUUCUCAAAGACGCACACAACACACUAACCCAAAUCUGGAAAAUUAUAAUUACUUGACUGAUAAAAAACCGAGAAGUAGAAAACCGAUAUUCAUUCAAUCGAACAAUAGUUUGGAAAAUAUUUCUUUUGACAAAAGUGAGACGCAAAAAGCGUUAGAUUUUUGGAAACAAAAAGACAAAGAUUCCAGAAGUUUAAAAAAUGAUGCGAAAACAAGGAGAAUCGAUGCGAAAAGUCCACAAAUGUUUACCUGCCAGACGCAUGUACAAACUCAGGUUUUUCUACCUAGCGUUCUUCAAAAUGAUAUUACGUCAGAAAAUAUUACAAAAUCGAUAGAUACUGAAGAAGGUGAUUUGGGGAGAAACGGCCGUUCUAUGUCUCUACUGUGCAAAGAAACGUCGGUUAAUACCAAUGAAUCAUUAGAUAAAGAAGAAGAAAAUGAAGAUUUGAAACGCAAGUCUUCAAAUUUAGAAGAAGCUCUUGAUGAGUUAGAGGCAAUUUAUAACAGUUUGCGACUAGGUGAUGAGGAUCUUUUAGAAAGAGCUGAGAAACGAGAAAAGGAUGCUGCUGAACAGAAAUUAAAAGAAGAAGGACACGAAGUUUAUUCCAAUUGGACUACGUCGAGAGGAGCUUUGAGCGAUUCUAGUUUUAGUUACGAACCUUUUGAUUCUAUUGGUUCUCCAAGACGUAAGCGUUUUAUGAGAAAAAGUCAAACUAUAGAUAGAAGAGCCGAUGAUAUGGCUUUUAGAAAGUUAAAUAAAGAACGUUCUGCCACAAUUAAUGAUCCACAAGGUGUUUUAUCUAAAAUUAGUUACCUAAACGCAUCUCCAGUUUAUGGAAGAGAAAUGCCAAAGGAACAUGAUGUGCCAAAUAAAAUCUCUAAAGAACCUGAUAUUACUUUAGAUGAUGUGGUUUAUAGAAAUGUUAAGUUUGCCAAUAAUUGCCCUAAAGUUGUAGAACCACAGCCACCUUUUGGUAUACCUUUAGGGCCUAUAUCACCAGCUGCUAAUAGUGAUUAUCUUCAUGCUGUGCCCGAUAAUAUUCCGCGACCCUUGUUUCAACCACGAAAAAUACCGGAUUUGGUUAAAGACGACUUGGCUUUUCGUAACUUGCGGAAAGAUCAGAGUAAAGAACCAGCUCUUCCACCCUUGUCUCCGGAUGAUCUUAAGAAUAAUAAUUCGUGUGAACAAAGAAAGUUGGAUCUCGAUUCAUUGAAGAAAAAACGAGCAGUGAGGUCACUAUCUGCAAAUAUCGGCAGUAUAAUAAAUAAAAAUAUCUUAGCCAAAGGCUUGGGAAAACACAAAUUAAACAACAGUGAGAGUAAUGAGUCAAAAACGUUAACAGACAUUGCAGAUGCAAUGGAAAUAGCACGUCAGGUUCUUAUUGAAAAGGAAAACAAAAUUAGUGCAACCAGAAGAGCAUUUCUUAGCGACACCGAUACAAAUAACGCUAACGACAGUAUAACUGAAAGUAGGAUGAACUUCUUGAAUAGUUUAAAGGCUUCCGGUGAGAAGAUGUCGGAUCACCACUUACAAGCCAAACCACCGAGAGGCUUAACACCCGAUCGGAAGUCGCCUAGGUCACCGAAAGAGUCAACUCCGAUUCCGGUGUCUCCACUUGAAGACCGUAAAACUGAGUCUCGAGAUUCGUCUCUUGACGAUUUGCUGUCAGCAUUGGCUACAGAAGCUAGAGAAACAAAUGAACGCAUAGCCAAAGAAUUGAAAAAUUUUGAAGACCGCAAAAGGAAGAAAAGUCCUGCUGAUGAAAAUUUGAACAAAUACGAAUUGACGAAGACUUUGUCUGACAUUGAUGCAGUGUCGGAACAGGCAAAGUUAUGUGAAAAACUUUUAGAAGGUGUUGUUGACAGUACGGAUUUAAUAGAAUCUGCAAAACCUCUUUUGGAAGAAGUGGGGCAAAUUGAUACCGAAUCUACUCUUGAAGAGUCUGUUGCAAAUGUUGUUUUAACAAGAGAUGAUUCUAAAGUCAAGGAGAAAUCCCCCGUAAAGAUUUCGUGUGAAUCAGACCAUGACUAUGAAAAUUUGAUUUCUGAUCAAGAGUUGAAUCUUAAUGAAGCUCCGGUCGAAGAUGUGAAAUGUACAUCUCCGUUCGAAGAACACAAGGCAGAGUUGAUUGCAACUUUCCAAGAGUUGAAGAACAAUGUCAGUCUUGAUCUUGACUUGACUAGUAGAGCGGUAGAAUCGAAAGAAAAUGACAAAAACGAUGAAGAAAACGAUGAAACGGUUACAGGUAAACAUCCGUCAAGACACUUACGUUCUCGCUUACCUCGAUGGCUACGACCUCAUUCCUCUGGAAAUUUAUCAGAUCCGACAAUUAUGUCUGAGGGUCAGGACAGCAGGGCUGAACGUAUUGCCCGCUACAAGGAACAACGGAGAAAAGAACUCGCCGCCCAAUUUAAUAAGAUACAUAUCGACUCUCCGACUAGUCAAAGACGUAACAGCAAAGACAGCAAUUCCAGCAGCUCAGAGGGGCCUCGGACUACGCGAACUUCGCGCUUAAGGGCUGCCAUCUCGUCGCAAGAAAAUUGUUCUAGUCCUCAAAAGACUAAACUUGAUUUACAAGAGAAGAUAACUCCUGUCACAUCAGCCAGUAAUGAAUCAGGUGUUUCUGGAAGUCGACGCAUCGAACGUGACAAAAGCAGCAAACGAAAAUCUAAUCUCAAUCGUUCUUUAAACUCUGAAGAGGUGCCCAAUUUAGAAGCUGACGAUGUAAAGAAUCGCCGACGGCGUCGCCGGUUCUUCCCUCAAGAAGUUUUAGACCAGACCGCAGACAGUUCGAACGAUGAUAAAAUUAAAAGUGAUUCAAAUCUCACUGCCCCUUUCUUAUCGCCGCAAUCUUCUACAUCACCCAACACUGCCUCACCACGAUUGACUCCUCGAAAAUCAGAACUAAGCAUACACAUGGAAAAUGCUCGAAAAGGCAUAACUCCUUCAUAUUCCGAAAUGGGAAGAACUAAACCAGCAGUCAGACGUUCAAUGGUGUCAUCCAGUCCGAAGGAUAAAUUUAAACCAGUGAACACAGAUUUUGACAACUUUACGUCAGAUAAGGAAAUAUCUUACAAUAGAAGAGGAAGCGUCACAUCUAAAAUUAAUGGAGAAAAUAAAGCUACCGCAUCUAGAAGUUUGUCUGAUAAUGAUAGUAGUAAGAAUUAUAAAAGUAUUAGUAAAAAAAUGGAAGAAUUAACGGCUUUAACUAAAGAAACGCUGAAACAGGUCGAGAAACUUGCCAGUAAAAACGAAGAACUGCCUAAACAAAUAAAGAGGUCAUUAAGUAAUAGUUCUACUAAACGAGUAGACAAAGUUAGCAGGAAUUCAGCUUCAGAUAAGCUUCAUCAAUCGUUUUCUAUUUUAAAAAAGAAAAUAGCUGAAGAGCCUGUCAUUGUAGAAUCUGUGCCAAAUACCGCUCCAGUAUCGAUAUUAAAACGCAAAGUAUCACAAGAUGAUCACAGAACUGAAGGUGGAUCUUCUUCAACUCACACUCCUCCUGUCACAUUUUCACCAAGUGUCAUUGAACCGGCUACGACAAACCGAAAACAAGGAAUCUUGAAAAAAAGGCGUAGUUUAGACGAGUCUCAAGUUAUGCGACAUAGAUCUUGUAGUCCCGAUGUGGCUAACAAAGUACCAGACUCUCGCUCAAUACUUAAAAAUCAACGCAGGUCUUCUAUGGAAGAAUUAACAAGAACACAAUCGCCCGAACAACAUCUUCACGGGAUAUUGAAACGAAAAACGUCGAAAACUGAAGAUGACGAUCAUUCUCUCAACUCUCCUCAAGGGAUUUUAAAGAGAAGAUCUGGAGCAAGUAGUGCCGGUUCAACUAGUAGUACUCCUCACGUAUCUAUUACCACAGCUGUGAUUCUUGCUGCAGCUGGAGGGGCCGAAAUGGUGCUCGAAAAUGAGAGUGUUAAGCCUAUUCUUAAGAAGAAGAGUUUUUCUGAGGAGAGUUCCUACAAUGAUAAUUCUUAUUGCGAGACGCCUAAGCCGAUUUUGAAGAAAAAGUCGAGCACAGACACAGAUGAGUGUGAGGAUAGGCCGAAGAAGCCCAUUUUGAAAAUAUCGCGAAAUUCUUUAGAACGUGAAAGUGAUUUAAAUUCAGAAAGUAGACCAUUUUCUAGUAUUAAACAUGGUAUUCUUAACGAAAGUGAAUGUGAUGUUAAACCGAUACUCAAACAAAAUGGUGGUAAAGAGGAGGGAGCAAGACCUAGAUUGUCUUUUUGUGGUGAUACAAACGAUGAGUCAGUUAUUCAGUUUAGAAGCUCAAGAAGGUCGCAUACUAUAUGUGCCGACUUUAAUGUCAAGUCUGAUAUUAAACACAAGGAAGAGGACAGGCAAUUGAAGAAGCCGAGACCUUUAUCCGUUUCCGAACUUGUGAUGAAUUUUGAAAGCAGUACUUCCACUGGAGCUAUCCCAAAAAGGACAAGUGUAAAGAGAACUAGUGAUAGAUAUAGGACCCAGCCAGUGACUUCUAAUGAAUUCGAGGCAAGUUUGAACUUGGUGAGGAGUCCACAAAUAGAAGAUACUUCAAAACUUCCAAAGUCAAGUCCUCUAUUAUCUCCAGUCGCCAAUCAGAGCAGAAGUUCUCUUCUGGAUUUUACGUCUUCUUUGGAGAGUGAUAGUAAUCUAAAUAGUUUCCUCUCUUCGCUUCAUAAUACUAGUCCGGAUAGCGCAGUUUGUGGUAAGAUGUCUUCCGAUUCUGCAUUUCAGUCUCUUGGAGACGGGCUUGAGUUAGAUCAAGACGAGGAUAAAUCUCUGGAAGUUACGUCGGGGUCUGGAAAACUUGAAGCUAACUUGGAACUUCAAAUGAAAGCAAUAGCCGAAGAAGCACAGAGAAAGAAGUUGGUGAAAGGUGGCGUAGGGGUUCGUUCGUAUCGCAAUAGAAAAUCAAAUCUAUCAGACAGAUCUUCCUCCAGCAGAUUUUCCACUCAACCGAUUACGUACGACGAAGUUCGAGAAGCAACAAGAGCCAAAGAGAAUUCUGACGAUUCUGAAGACAAAGAAGAAGCCGAUCCUUCUAAUCUAAGUUUACAUGAGAGGAUAAAGUUCUUUAACGUCACCCUGAAAGAGAAUAAUGUUCAAAAACGAGAUGUUCCUAAACGGCGCCCUAAUCGGUUUCAAACCCAACCUGUUACUUCCGAUGAAGUCGAGAAUGCACGCUGCAUUUCCCCUACUGCAUUUGCUUUAGAAGAUGGUAGAAGUGGUGACCAUACAACGAAUGAAAGAAGAGGCAUUUUAAAGUCUUCCGGCAGUUUUCGCAAUCGCGGCGAUUCUUCGUAUCCGCAUCCGCGAUCCGUUCUUAAAAAACGCGAUUCGUUCGAUGGUACUUCAGACUACGAAAAUCGGUGCUCAAUUUUGAAAUCGGAAGUGGCGGAUGUGACCUAUGACGAGGGUAUCUCUUGUAACGAUUCGGCAUCGGAUUCAGAAGCCGCCAGUGUCUCUUGCGGUGUGAAAACUCCCGAAAUUAAAGUGGAACGUAGCACUCCCAAACGGCAAAAUAAAGUUUUUAAAUCCAGCAGUGAGACGUCCGAUGGUGAAUCGUCAGGGGGACGAGAAAUCAGGAGCAUCUUUAAGAAUGAAAACAAGCUGAAGGUUAAACAAAAAUUAGAAAGCGUUCUCUCCAAAAGCAAAAGUCAGAAUACCUUCAAGGAUGAAAACGAAUCAUCUAAUAAAAAAGAAAGUGCAAUCCGAAGAUCUCAGACUCAAUCCACGAUGCCUCGAGCUAUCGAAGAUAUCCAGGCUAAGCUGCAGCAAAGCGGCGAAUCCGGAUGGAGAAAGAAACAGAACAAUAAUUCCAGCAAUGACUUAAAACUGCUAAAGAUGAAUCGGUAUAAUGAUCAGUUGUCACAAAGAUCAAUUUUGGAAAUCAAGAAAGAUGAACUGGAUGCAGCAUCGAAACAGUGGAAAAAUCGUGUGGAAAAAUCGGACGCGGAAAAUUUUUCUGUGGCUGGGAAAAUGGAAAAAAAUAGAGAAGAAUCAAAUCUUCAAAUUAAUAUAGCUGCAGACUGUGAUAAGAAUAAGAGGACUCCCCAAGCCAAGAGGUUCAAAGGCAAGGAAGGGUCAGAAGCUUUUUCUACACCUGUUUCUCCUGACAAAAAUCGACAUGUCGAGUUAUCAAGAAGUUUUUCUGUACCGGAUCCAAAUCAGGAUAAUUCUGGUUCAGAAGUAUUUUUCAAAGCAUCAAGUCAGAAAGUAGUCGUUUCUAGACCGGACGACGAGACUUAUAGGAGUUUUUACAAGAGCCUCGAAGGCAAAGAAAUUACAGAUCAAAUAGAAGUAUCUCAAGAAGAUUUCGAUUUAAUCACUCGACAGUCUCUGUUAGUUCAAAAGAAAAAUGUACAAGUACGGAGAAGACGUGGUGCUUCCAAAAACCCGAUCAAGGCUUUAGCUUCUCGCACAGACAUCACGAACGAGUACACUGAAAUAAUCACUGGUGUAGCCGAGAGAGAAAAGAAAAGACUGAAUAUAGAGAAACUUUCUAAAAGUUCAAGCUUUGCUACUGCUGCUUUGGCCGGUUUAGCAAGCAAAGAAGAUUUUAAAUCAGUUGCUUUAAAAAAAUCACGUACUCCUCUUACAAUGGUUCCUUACAAAGACGUGAUGCUAUUACAUAUUAAAGGCCGACAAUUUGUUCAAACACGGUUAGUCGAACCUGUAGCAGCUAGUAUCAACGAAGGCGAUAAUUUCAUUCUCAUCAAUCGUUCCAUUUUAUAUAAUUACACUGGGAAAUAUUCGAAUGUGAUUGAACAGUCAAGGGCAUCAGAUAUUAUCAACCACAUUCAAAGAAGUGGCGAUUUGGGUUGUCAAGAAGCUGAAGUUGUUAACAUUAAUUUCGAAAAUAUUUCUGCAACAAAUAAAAAAAUAUGCGAAUUCUGGAAAAUACUUAAUUGUGAAGGGGAACAAACUGUUACUAGCGGUGGUAACCCUGAAGAGGAUGCUGUCUACGAAUCUAACAUACUCGCUACUAACAUGAUUUAUAAAUUAGAAAGUAACGAAUUGGUGCCUUUUGAAGAAUAUUGGGGAAAAAUACCCAAAAUCGAUAUCUUGAAACCGACCGAAGUGUUGGUGUUUGAUUUCGGUACUGAAAUGUAUGUUUGGAGCGGAAAAAAUGCACCUCUCGAUAAGAAGAACUUAGCUUUUAAAUUGGCUAAAGAAUUGUGGGACCUUGGCUAUGAUUAUUCCGAGUGCAGUGUUUGUCCUUUGAACGUAGCUUCAGUACUUGGCAAUCGACCUUCAAUGGAUGUUUCACACAAAGGAAAGUCCAGACCAGAGUGGGCUCUUUUUGCUAAAAUAACUCAGCACAGAGAAACAAUUUUAUUCAAAGAAAAAUUUCUAGAUUGGCCUGACUUUUCCAGAGUAAUCAAAGUAAAGAGUGAUCAGAAAGAUAAAAACGUCGAUCCUUCCUACAAUAUCAAAUCCUGUGAUGUUGCCCAAAUGCUUAAAAGGGACAAUGACACUCCUGAUUUGGUGAUAGAAAAUAUUCACUUAGGUCGUGGUGAUCAAUGGUUUGACGAAGAAACGAAAAGACUGUACGAGUUUGAUACCUUAAAGAUAUCGGUUUGGAAAGUAUCAGAAAACCAUCCAGAGCAACUAAGUGACGAUACUGUCCGUCAUUUUUAUAACAGCCACAGUUACAUCAUUAAAUGGAAUUACAGGACAACGGUAAAAGGCCGGGAUUUAAGCGGGAAGCCGUCAAAGUAUCUCCAAGCAGGUCGUGAUCGAUGCGUUUAUUUUUGCUGGCAAGGAUCGAACGCAUCGAUUAACGAAAAAGGCUCUGCCGCACUUUUAACAGUGGAACUUGAUCACGAAAAGGCACCUCAAGUGCGAGUUGUUCAAGGUGCGGAGCCUGCUGUUUUUCUGAAACUAUUUAACGGACCUAUGGUGGUGCACGAUGGCAAAAGGGGUGAUUCUGAAAAUCAACACAAAUCGAUGUUGUUUAUGGUGCGAGGAGAAUUGGAAGAUGAAGUUUGCCUCAUGGAAGUACCGUGUCAGAUGAAAGAGUUGAGGAGCAGAACUUCGUUUAUACUCAUUUUAAGUGAGUCAGGGAAAGUUGUCGUGUGGCAUGGAACGAAGUCGAGUAAACAAAAACGGAAAGUGGCUAAAAUGUCGGCUGAAUGUAUGGGGAUUGUAAUUGAGGAAGGGGAGGAGGAUGAGGAGUUUAUGGAGAAUGUUGAAGGAGGUCGUGAUGAUUACAUGUCUUUGUUGGGCAGUGAUUUGGAUUAUGAUUUUACUAUGAGGCUUUUUCAUCUUAGUGCUGUUUCGGGAACGUUUCAAGCUACAGAAAUUUUGUGUCCGCAUAGGAGUGAAUAUUCUUGUCCAUUUCCGUUUCUACAAACAGAACUUUAUUCAGCUAGUCAACCUGCGUUGUUUAUGAUUGACAACAAUCAUGAAUUAUGGCUAUGGCAAGGUUGGUGGCCCGAGAAAGAAAAGGAUGAAAUGGAACUGAGCGACCAGACAGGAUCCGGGGCAGUUCGAUGGCAAGCCGAAAGAAAAGCCGCCAUGCAGACUGCUGUGAGCUAUUGGCGUGAGAGUCACAGUGGCGAUGAAUCGGUGCCUGCUUAUUUAGUUUGGGCAGGAUUGGAACCUUUGGAGUUUAAGAAUUUGUUUCCUUGUUGGGUAGACAGAGAGGAUAUUGCUGAAUUAAAUUUGAAAGAAGGGAGGAAGAGAAAUGCGAAGCUAUUGGUUGAAGACGAGUUAGCUCUCCUUUUAAGAACAACUUAUCCGUUGUCCGAGUUAUUGCAACGGCCUUUACCUGAAGGUGUCGAUCCGACUCAUCUAGAAAUUUACUUGUCGGCUGAAGAUUUCCAAGAAUGUUUGUCUAUGACUAAAGAAGAAUUUCAGAAAUUACCGGUGUGGAAACAAACUGCUAUAAAGAAAGAAAAAGGCCUUUUUUGACCUAAACUUGCUUUGUUGUUGGACAAACUAGUCUAUUUAUUUGGUGGAUGUUUCCGCACUACAUCUAUCAAUUUUAUUUGAAAACUCGAUUUUUAAUUGCGUGUUCUGACAUAUCAAAAUUAUAUUUUAUUUUUAUGCAGUGUGAAAUAAAAUGCUGAUGAUUGCCUUUCCAAAUUAUAUUUUUAUAACUAGUAGCUUUCAUACAACAUUAUUUUAAAUUGAUAAACUCCGUGUAAUAAAAACUGCCAAUUGUUUGAUUUUUUCUGUACUUAAGUAAUUUGUUUUGAUGUUUUGUCAUUGACAAUUUUAAGUCAAAUUUAUAGUGUCUGUGAUUAGGCUUUUGUAUUCAUUAUGAUAUCGUAAUAUAUGCUGUUAUGUAAAAUGUAUAUACAUUGAAGAGGUGCCUUGUUAUCUACGGAAUUGAAAGCACUACUCCAUUCGUGAGUUGCCAAUAUUUUCUAGUCUUUGUGAUCUUUUAUGGCACUGCGUUAUUUUUUAUUUGUGUUUUUUUUUAUUGAUUACCUAGCACCUAUUUAAUUAUCCUCUACUAAUGUUGCGUUCACAUAAUGUUUGUCAAUAUGAGCGAUAAUUGUACAUUCAUUUUUAAACGCUAUGUACAUUAUAACUGGCUUUUGUACUAAAAGUAAUACUGUGAACGUUCUGUGUUUUGUAUAUAACUUUUCAAUUACUUAAUAAAUAUUUUCAGAAAAA